AUGGCCACUGUAUAUGAAACGUUUGAGGAGUGGAGGUUUUUCAGGUUUGAUUGGUCUGAGAUGAGUUGGGUUUUGCAAGAAAGAUUGGGAGAGUGGUCAUUAUUUGCAGGUGGUACUUCUUUUUUAGUGCCAGCAGUGGAGGGUAGGGAAUAUUUAGCAGAGAAAAUAUAUUACAAUAUUUUUGGCAUGAUUGAAGUCUAUAGCUUGGAUGAUAGUUUACUCUAUGAGUUGAAGUUUACCAGACUGAAUUAUUCCACUGCG